GUAUAACUUAAUGAAAUACGUAAUACUAUUAGUGACAAUAAUUAUUGUCUCUAACAAUAAUCUUGCAAACGGAAAAACAUUUAAAAAUGAAUGUGAACUUGCUAAAGAAUUACUGAAACAUGGAUUUCCGAAAAAUCAAUUAAACGAUUGGACAUGUUUGGUGCUUAGUGAAAGCAGUGGCGAUACAAAAAAAACGCAUAAAAAUAAUAAUGGCAGUACCGAUUAUGGACUAUUUCAAAUUAAUGAUCGUUAUUGGUGUGCACAUGGAAAAAAUGGUAAAGAUUGUAAUGUCAAUUGCAAUGAUUUGUUAAAAGAUGAUAUAACUUUAGCUGCAAAAUGUGCCAAAAAAGUAUAUGAUCGCCAUGGGUUUGAAGCAUGGUAUGGUUGGAAAAAUAAAUGUAAAAAUGGUAAAGCAAAAUCCGUUCAACAUUGCUUCAACUAAAUCAUAUUUUAAAUGGCUUGUAAAUUGUAAGCACCAAAUUCUAAAAUAAAUAUUGAUUAU